GCUCCUGGUUCCAACCACUGACUUAUAACCUCGCCACACAACACACGACAACAAAUGACCAAACUACCAUUUGGAAUGAAAGCACCGUCAAAAGGAACAGUCAUUUUCUGCUCGGUUCUUUCAGCUAUCUCUGGCACAGUCUAUGCCAGCUCAGAGUCUACAAAGAAAGCUCGACAGGCCCAUUGUGACAAGGUGUCAUUUCUCGCUGACCGACCAUGUGGAGUUCACGAAAUGCCACGUAAAGUAUGCGUAUAUUUAAUGCCUCCACCAGGCGACAGUAUCGAAAAAAGUCGAGUAUGGUUCCGCGAGUAUAUCAAGCCGAUCCUGGUUGCUGGUGCAGUGGAUUAUGAUGUAAAGGAAGGCAAGGACGCAGGAGCCGUCGAAUCCGCAGUAUGCGAAGAAAUCAAGCGAAUGCGCCGUGAAGAAGCUGCUGCCGCUGCUGCCACUACCGAUCCAUCAGUACCGGCUAUCGAUGCUCCCUUGCAAAGCGAAGACCCACACAAGAGUAAUCCGUUUGCACCAUUGAUGAAAGAUGUACAGAAAAAGAUUCAAGAACAAAACCAUUAUGACGGUGUGAUUGCUAUCGGACGACUGGCGUGGCGCGAGGUUUUGAAUGGUGUAGCCAAGGGCUGCCACGCUGACCCCUUUGAAAAGCCAAAGGAAGAGCAGCAGAAGGAAGAGCAAAAAGAAGAAUCAACUGGAGAACUAGAUCAACAGCAGCAGCAGCAACAACAAUUUGAAGGAGAGAGCAACGUGCCUAUUGAGGAACCAUCAAAGCAGGAAGAGGUUAUGAUGACGGAUUUGGUCGAAGAAAAUCCUGUACAAAAGGUCGAUCACUUCUCCAUACCUGCCAACAUGUCUCCUAUCAUUUAUGUCCCUCACGAAAACAUCAUUGGCUGGACCAACAUCCCAUACCGUCUGUUCCGCUGGGUCACGGACUAUACUCGCAUGGAAGACAUCGGUCAGUACGCUGUGGAUGUUAUCCUCAAGCAAACCCGAGCAUUGCAGGUCGAAGAUAUUGACGUCGGUCAGCAAGAAAAGAAGUAUUGGAUUGGCGAAGAGGCUGAAGAAGCAGUCAACAACGACACACCUAUUACGCUAGAGGAUAACGUUCGUAGCGCUUUAUCUACAUACACCAAAAGCGAUUCGCAAUAAUCAAAGAAAAAAACCAACAACAACUCCUGUAAACUAUAAUUUGUAUGCAUGCAUGUACGAGUUUCGAAAAGUAGACUAAACAAUAAAAUACACACCUUUACCAGC